AAUCAAGGUGGAGCGAGUGAGACAGGGGAGUUUUUUAGCCAGCAUCCUUCAGGAUCCAGGACCCAGGACCCUUCCCGGGCAGGAGAUGAAAAGGAGGAUAUCCUCCAGGAUGAGGAUAGCUUCUCGCCGAGCUGGAAGUGGUGAACUAGAAGGAGGCAGCUGGUGAUACACCAUGUAUCCCCCCUUGUGAAAAAAUCAAGUGAAAACAGACAUUUAAGAUGGCGGGUUCCGUUUUAGUCACCCCCACCACUCUACCGGACAACCGUACAACACCAGUUAUUCUGAUGGCUUCAAAUGCCAGCGGAUAUCAGGAGGAUCACGACCUAGCUACUACCACUGCUGGUUUGACGGAAAAGCAGAGGAUAGUACUGGCCUGUGUCACCGCCCUACUCUUAGCUGUAUGUGCCAUUGUCAUAGGAUUUGUUCUUAGGAGAUUGAUGAGAAAGAGCAGCUCUAGCGGAGUGUACACCGUAGAAGCCAACUUUCCUCUGUGGCGAAAACGCAGUGAUGCCAACUCAGACGAUGUUUGCGCUCUGAACCAGCAGAGAGCAGCAUCUAUCUCCAAUGCUGCCAACCCCACAAACCUGAAAGACACACAACCAAACCAGCUAGCCUGGACAAGCACAGGCAUGACGACAUCAGACGGCCUUGUGACGUCAUCCGCUGAUGCCAUUGUGACGUCAUCGGGUGAUGUAAUUGUGACGUCAACAUCAUCAGGAGGCAUGACGUCAUCACAGAGUGGCCACACUGUCAUCACAAUGACCAUGCGCAACAACCAUCUCAUUGUUGAAACUGAGGAACCUAUCGACACCCCGCCACUGAGCACAAUGCCAGAUGACCAACCAGUGGAGGUGCAUCAAGAGCCGGCACCUCUGGCUGUGACGUCACUGGCAGACGUCCGCACUCGGCACCCAUACGUUGGCACCGGUCUCAGCCAGGCGGACAGUGAGGAGUCGGACGGCAACUCACCCAGGCACCCCUACAUGUAUGGAGGAGGGCAGAGCGGUAAGAAUACGGCAUCAGUCAAGGUGGCCGCACAACAUCAGCAACACGCAGCCACCGCUCAGCAACCGGCAACAAGUUGCUUAUCAACAAGUGGCAGCAACAAGUGUCACAGGAUGUCGCCGACUACGUCAUCAGUGUUGCACCGCCGCCACCGGCGGAGACAAAGUCUGGCAACACCGCCAAAGCGGAGACUGCGACAAAGUCGGCUGACGACACCGCCAAAGUGGAGACUGCGACAAAGUGUGACGACAGUGCCAAAGUGGAGACUUCGACAAAGUGUGACGACAGUGCCCAAGUGGAGACUGCGACAAAGUCAUCUGGUGACAGCGCCCAAGUGGAGACUGCGACAAAGUGUGACGACAACCGCAAAGCGGAGACUGCAACAAAGUCAGAACCGGACGUUACACCGACAACAUAGUUCGACAAACCAGUUGCAACAUGUUGUGGUGGCGAGUAGUGAGGCGGACGACCAAGAGUGGCAGCAUAUGAGACAGCUGGCGCGCUCACGGAGUGGUAUCAUUGUGCUGGACCAAAUGUCGUCAACAUCUGUUUAGGAAGUCACCUAAAAAAUUAUUUUUUAUGGCUUUGGAGUCCCUACUGAGAAGGUCCAACCUGACACUUGAGUAUAGGUGCAUAAUUUGAGGCCUCAUAAAUGUUAUACAUUAGCCAGGACCGACAGUUUAUCAUCAGAUAAAAUAGGAGUGUCCCAGUUAAAAUAUUUACAACUAAACAUGAUGUGAUUUUAGCAAAGGUGGUCAACUCUAUAGGGCAAUAAUUGAUCACAAAAUGACUUUAAAAUGAAAAUAAUGAUAGCAAUUAAAUAAAGCAAUUACGGGUGUAGUCUGUACAGUUUUGAGCUUCUUGAAAAAUGAAUUAAUUUUAAGAAAAUUUCAUAAGUUUCAUAAGGAGAGACCUAAUAGUGAAUAAGGAUUCUUGAAGUAAAAAUGCAAAAUAUCAUAGACAGUUCAGUCAUGAGAAUAUGUUUCAAAAUAGUAUUGGAGUAUAUAUAAUAAUAAUAUCGUGUGACCUGGCUGGCUGAGGUCUGGUGUCAGAGUUUUCAGGUCGCAACUGAUCAAUUUCAGGGCCUCUCACAUCACCUAACGACUGCUUUUUAGGCAGCCGGGACCGACGGCUUAAUGUGUCUAUCCGAAAUACGAGUAUUGGAGUAAGAGGGAUAUUAUAGUACAUUUUUUAAUAGUUGAGAUAAAAUGUUUUUGGUAGUUAAUUGUGUCUUUCAUAGCCAACAGUGUGGAGUUUGUGAAGGAUAGAGCUAUCUGUUUUGUCAAAUAAUAGACAAGGAUAGCAACAUCAAUGUAAAUCAGUUGCUGACUUUAUAACGUGAAACUCAACAUAGGAAGAUGAUACAGAGAUGAUACGAAGAUGAUACGGAAAUGACAAGAAGAUGAUACGGGAAUGACAAGAAGAUGAUACGGAAAUGACAAGAAGAUGAUACGGGAAUGACAAGAAGAU